AUGAUGAUGCAUUUACAAUUUUUCCUGUCAACCUUCCUGAUGCUGUUACAAUUUGAUCAGAUCAGUGGAAAUAACCGGUACAAUGUGGAAUGGUAUUUGGAGAAAAUGAUACAAAAUCAUCAAGUGGUUCUUUUUUCGAAAACUUACUGCCAAUAUAGCAUUAAGCUGAAGCAUUUAAUAGGAAAAUACAAUAUCAGGGACAAAAGAAUUAUGGAGCUUAAUCUUGAACCCGAUAUGCAGUUGAUGCAGGAUUAUCUCAAACACAGAACCGGUGGUAUUCGAACGGUACCACAACUAUAUGUUAAUGGAAAGUUUAUUGGUGAUUAUAAUACAAUUGAACAAAAAGAAAGAAACGGUGAAUUAGCAAGAGUAUUCUUUCGAGCGGGUAUAACGCCUAGGAGGUCACACUUGGUGCCACGCAAAAGAAAAUAA